AUAAGCAACAUGGCUGAAAACAGUAAAGGCGGAAUAUUAGCUAAGGCACAAAAACGACUUACUAGAACAAAAACAAAGGUACUGCAAAAUUUGGGUCGUGCAGAACGAACACAUGAUGAGACUUUUGAUGAGUAUGUAACCAGAGUUGAGAGGCAACAGGAAGUUGCCCAUAGGAUACAAAAGGAACUAAAAAAUUAUUUACAUUGUGUGAGAGCAUUAUCACUGGCAAGCAGGUCCUUCUACGCUUCUGUGUCAGAAAGUUAUGAGCCUGGGUGGACAAGAGAAUCAGAAUUCAAGCAGAAAGUUCAGUCUUUAGAUCUGCUAUGGACAGACUACCUGCAGAAGCUACACGAGCGGUCCCUGGAGCCGAUGAACACAUAUCUCCUCUCCUUCCCAACACUCAAGGCCCGCGUGUCGAAGCGUGGGAGGAAGCAGGUCGACUACGACAAUGCCAGACACAACCUGGAGGUAUUGCAGAAUGCCAAAAAGAAGGAUGAUGCCAAGAUACUCAAGGCUCAAGAAGAGCUGAAUGAAGCCAAGAAGAUCUACGAAGAUCUCAACAAUGACCUGCACUCAGAGUUGCCAGAUUUCUACAACAGCCGAGUCACAUUCUAUGGCGAUAUGUACCAGAAUCUUUUUGGAGCUGAAAAUAUUUUCCAUCACGAAGUUGCCAGGGUUUCCGAUGAUGCUAGUGACAUCACCACACAGUUGUCCAAAGAUUUUGCACAGUUUGUAUAUAAACCAAAGAGGCCGCUCAGCAAGUCCUUCUCAGAUGGAUUUGAGGAGGCCCCGGUGGAGAAUGGACAGCACCACCCUGAUGAGCUGACAGAGAUGAACUUGUCCCAUGGCUUCCCCCUCAGUGCAGCCAACACACCGGCCAAGCAGAACGGAGACCAUGUUGAGGACGAUGAAGGAAAUACUCAAGACAACAUUUACAGCAAUCAGGAGGCCAUUGAGCAGCUGGAGGAGGAGAAACAGCAGGAGACAAAGCAGGAAGAGAAGACGGAAGAGAAGACUGAGGAGAAGACUGAGGAGAAGACAGAGGAGAAGACAGAGGAGUCCCAGGCAGAGCCAGAGGUCAAGGUCAACAAUGAUGUCACAGUCAAUGGUGAGGUCAAGGUCAAUGGAGAUGCAGCAGACACUCACUCUGAUCAGUCGGAUGAAGACAGACAAGGCGAACCCAAGUCUAUAGACAUUCCAGAUUACCCACCCCCGCAACCGCCACCAGAGGGAGCCACCAAUGAAGACAAGAAGGAAGAUGCCAAGAAGGACAACGUGGACAGCUCCGACGUGAAGGAGAUCACAGAGGACAGCGUGUACGACGAGCCGAAGCCAAUCAAACAGGAAGAGGAAGUUAAAAAAGCAGCAGUAUACCAAGUGCCCCCCUCAAACAAGCCUUUGAAGGAACCUCCUCCGGAUGUCCUUUAUGUCGUCCAGUCAACGCAUCCGUAUCAGAGUGAAGAUCAGGAUGAGCUAAGUUUCGAGUCGGGAGAAAUGAUCUAUGUCAUUGCGUUUGAAAACCCAGAGGAGCAGAAAAAUAAGGAUGAAGGCUGGCUGCUGGGCAUCAAACAGUGUGAUCGCAAGAAGGGAGUGUUCCCUGAAAACUUCACUCGCCGUCUUGGACAGGAUCCUUGAAGACCGCUCAGACAGGAGUAGUAACUCGCUAGUAUUUAUUCUGACCAUAAUCGGAAUCUAAAGAAUUAUGUUGAUGGAGAAGAAUUGUUCAGAGUUGAAAGUGGUGUCAGUGCAGAUGAAUAAUGUUUGAAGGUACAGUACCUGUGUCUGAAGAAGUUUGUGUUUGAAGAAAUACAGGUAUCUGCCAAUUUAAAAAAAAUGCCUCUAUUAAUACGAAGCUCAAAGUUUAGUAAUGCUGACUGUCACAUUAAUAUGUUCAGUAGAAAUCUCUGCAUGUAAGUAUGCUUUAUACAAAUUUCAGCAUGUUGGCUGUUUGUUAUUGCUGAACCCACCAUGAUGAAGCUGAUUGUGUUUCUUGCUCAGAGCUGUCCCCAACAUGUUAACUCUUUACAUUCCAAACAAUAGUAUAUCUAUUGUUUUUGCUUUCUCUAAGCAAUUAGCAAUCAUUACCAGUGAAAGUGUCUUCCGUUGGCCCUGUCAGACUUGUCACUCUGCAUGUAUAAUGUACAUUAAUGCCGUUGUUCAAACAGUUGACAAAAAAAUUCUUUAUUCUUCCAUUUAUAUCUGUCUCUUGUCUUCAAUUCCAAAAAGUGAGAUUGUGACAAUUCAUGUCAAGAGAAUACUACUUAAAAGCGAUGUUUUAUGAUGUUUUAUCAAAGGUUCUUCUGAUCAACUUGAUGCAUGGCAAUGAAUGUUGGCAAGAAUAUGGUUGAUGGUAACAGAAGGUUUUAGGUUUAAAGGAUAAGACAUUCAGCUGUCUUAGAUCAAUUUUUUAGUGGUUCAUGUAGACAAUUGACAUAUCAGUGUUGUAUGAAUUGUAAAGUGCAAAUGAAGCUAUUUCAUUUCUUCAUUUGUAAAACCAUUUUCUGCUUCUCUUGUAAAUAUGGAUUGGAUUUUAUCAGAAUCGUUCUUUUUGAUGUUUUGCAUAUUAUUCAUCUAGCUUUGUUUCUUAUAUCUCAUUUCUCAAAUGUUUGCAUCGUUUGUUUUGAUAAGGUCAGCUGGAAAUUCCCUUGCUUGACUUUAUCAGCGGACAGUGGUUUGGCAAGUCGACCCAGUCAUUGUCCUACCGAUAUACAUAUGCAAGGAGAGCGAAGGUAGAUGUGAACAUUGCAUGGUGUCUCCACUCUCCCUUGCCAGUGUAUUUUAUUGCUGAGUGAGUUUGCUGCUUGGAGUAUAAGCCUCAGACUGUCAGUACUAGAGUUGUCAUGAAUCACAAAGAAUUGAGAAUGUUUGUCUGAUUACAUGAUUAUCAAUACACCCACCCAUGUAUCGACUAACUUACGAUUUUCAAAAAGUAAUAUUUCUGAAGUUUUGCAAUAACUGCCAGGCUGCCAUGACCUGUCACUGAACAAAAUGCUGACUGCAUAAUACCAUUAGAAUGUGAUGAACCAGUUAAACAUGUUAAACACAAACUUCUUGAUAUGUUGACCUCAUGGAAUUUCACCAGAUAUGGUGCAGAUUAAGUUUCUCGAAAGUUAUCGUUUCAGGACUGAAGUUUCUUUAUGUGUUGUGAUUCAAGACGUAGGUGAUUGUGGCACCACUGGUCAGUACCAGUGAUUCUUUUCAACCAAGAAGGAAAUGUCCAUGGCUUGCUUUUGUUUGGACUUUCCUCCCACCAUCAAGCUCGCCAACAGGGACAAAGCUGAAAAAUAUCCUGUUCAAAACAGAGUUAAACCCAAAAUAUGCUAAUGCAAGAGUUGCAUAAUGUGAUUGUACUUACAUCAUGCAAGAUUAUCAAUGAUCCCUUCUUGAUAGACUUUUAAUAAAAUAAAUUAGAACAAGGUUUAUGAAUGAUUUAUGUUUCCUCAGUAUCAGGUAGAAAUUGCCAGUGGUUGGCAAUGAUCAGCAACAAAUGGGGUCUGUAAUGGUCUGAUCUUUCUGUAAUGUAAUCCUUGCAAGUAGAUCCUUUGGAAGAAGAAGAUCCUUCUAUCCAAGAAAGUAGGUCCUUUGGAAGAAGAUCCUUGCAAGUGAAUCCUUUGGAAGAAGAUCCUUUCAUCCUUGCAAGUGAAUCCUUUGGAAGGACAUCCUUCCAUUCUUACAAGUACAUCCUGUGGAAGUAGAUUCUUUGGAAGAAGAUCCUUCCAUCCUUGCUUGUAGAUGCUUUGUCACAUUAUUUCAGAUCCUGACACCAGACUCCACAGAUGCUCAUUUCAGUGUUAGAGUGUGACCAUGCAUUUCACCAUGUUGAUCAACAUUUUUCAGAAUUUUUGAUGUUCAUGUUUUCCAUUUUGCAACACAGUAUCAUAUACUCCCUUUUACAAGACUCUGUUGUAUCUACCAUUUACAUUCCUGUUGAAAUAUGUGGAAGUGGUUUCACCAUUUGUGUAGCUGUCAGCACAGGUGCUUGUACGUGUAAAACAAUACAUCAGCUUCAUCUUCUGGAUGUUGCUAACAGAUAUCUUGAGAUUUGUUUUUUAAAUGUUUAUUCUGCCUUUCUAUUGUUCACAGCUGGUAUAAUAGUUUCAAAUAAAUAUUGUAUAUUUUAUUAUCUUGAGGUGGAGAAAUAUGUUGAAAGUAAUUCCUAUGAGAUUCUUGAAAUGUGAGUUUGUAAGAAAAAGAUGACAUUUUGUUUUAUGCAUUUAGAAAAUAAAAAACAAACCUAUGAACAAUGAGUGUAUUCAGUAAUUAAGUAUUUUAGAUACAUUUUCAGAAUUGGGAUAUAUAUAUAUAUGAUUUAUGUUUGUUUGAAUUGAUUUCCAUUAUUAUGUACAUGUUGUUAAUCUAGUAAUGAUUACCACCGUAGUAUGUUUGAAUAUGUACAAUUUCUGUUGAAUUCUGGAGUUUUCUUCAAAGUAUUCCAAAGAUGUAUUAGAUUUGAGGGUAAGUGAUAUUAAAUAUGACAAUUAUAUAUGAAGAACAUUUUAAGUUUUGAAGAUAUUUUAUUUUUGAUCUUUUAGUUAAAAAGUUGAGAUUUAUUACAUAUGUAUAUUGAGUUUAAUGUAUGUAAAUGAAUAUACUCAAGUUCUGUAUUUAUUUGCUGCUGUUAGCAUUAGAGGAAAUAUGAUAUAAAUAAAAAUAUUCAAACCAACCUUAUUAAUUUCAUGGAUCACAUAUUAAUGUUGAUGGGUCCUGCAAACAAAUUAGUUAAAAGAUCAAGUGCAAUGUGUUAUUUACUGGAUUUUUUUUUAUAACAACAAACACCAAACUUGUUUAUUAAAAAAAAAAAACAACUGAGUUUACACUGUUUGCAGGGACUGCAAAUGGCUCUGAGGUUAAACAAAUAAAUUCAGAUGGCCAGUGGAAAAAAUAUUCCAUAUUCAUUUUUGAUUUCUUCUUCCAACUUUUGAAAAAAAUAACAGGCAGAUUUGUGAUCGAAGUAAUAAAAAGGUUGCUUUAACAAAAUUAGUUUGAUGACUUGAACAGAAUUUGAAAAUGAAAAAGUUAUUUGGGCAUUGUGUGUACAAUAUUCUAUGGUAUAACUCGAUGUAUGAGUUUUCGCAUUACCUCCUGUGUAACUUCAGUAUUAAGGUCUCGAGACUCUUCAGGUCUGCUGUCAUUUCAGCUGUAGCCAUGUAUAUACUGUAACCAAUGUUGGAUUAGUGUAUGUGAUACUAGAUGUAUCUGUGAAACAUAUAUGCAAGAUAAUGUAGUAGACUGUAGUUCUAUGUAUUUGUACUUUAUCUUCUCAAGGAUCCACACAUGCUUAAAAAUUGAUAUCACGUCUUCGUACUUAGGUAUGAAAUUUCUGUAAUCUUAAUGAAAUGAAAUAUUAAGUUUAUAUUGACGUAAGUUUAAAUGAACUUUAUGAUUAAGGAAGGACUAAAUUUACUUUUCUAUAUACAUAUAUUUCUUUGCAAGAUGCAGGAGCAAAAAUUAAUAAUUUUUUACAGGGAUGAACUCAGGUUAAAUACAUUGAGUGUAAAGUUGAUAAUAUUAUAUACGGAUUCCGACUCUCUUUUUUUAAAGAUAUGUUGCUUCUAUGACUAAUUGUUUUAUUUCAUUAAGUGGAAAAGGCAAAUAAAAUACAAACAAAAAUGCAUUAUGGUGUUUACCUUUGUACAACUUAAGGAAUGCAAAUCUUUGUAAUAAUGCUUUAGUAAAUUUGUAUCAAGAUUUUUUUAUGAAUUAAAUUGUGUUUUUUUUUAUAGAUUUAAAGAAGCUAAAUUCAGUCAAAGGAAACCUAAAUCAUUCCCGUAUAUCAUUUUACAUGUCUACGGUGAACAAUAACUUGAACUAAAGUGUUGAUUACCUUAACAGGGGUUUGGAUUCAGCUUUAAUAUAUUUUUCCAUGUCCAUAGUUGAAAUAGUAUGAGUCUGUUCGUAAUGACUCUGUGGUUUUCAUGAUAAAGCAACCCAAAUAAUUUAUAUAUUAAACUACCUAUGGUAAGUCCUUAUUUAAAAAUGAUAAUUCAUUCCAAGAAAAUGAGAAAAGAAAUUGCUGAUUCCUCACUUCAAUGUACUUUAAUUAUUUUUUUAUCAUUUUUUAUGCUUGUGUAGAUAUCUCCAAAUGCUUAAAGCAUCUGAUUGUUUAGUUCAAACAUUCCUUACUAUGUAGUAGAUGGCUUUAAGGCAAUGACCAUACAUAAUGUUGAACAGAACGCUCUUUGAGACGGAAUAUUUUGUUGGUCAGCACUUCAAGACAAAAACCAACUUCUCUGUUAAAGGAGAAGCCCAAAACAUUUUAGGGUACCCACAAAACAUUUUUCAAAACAUCCAGCGUGUCCUUUGGAGAAAACCAAACCAAAGGACAUGUUACUUUUUCAACAUUUUGGGGGACAGAUUAUUUUGUUUGUAAAGAAUACCAGCCACCUUCCAACAGAAUAUGAAAUGGUCAUCCCUAACCUGAUGACAGUGAUUCUGUAGAGAGCUCCUGUGCCAGAUGGUUACUCAUUCCAAACUAAUGCAUUAUAUAUUUCAACUAUUUCUUCAAUGAUGGCAUGAAGAUUUCAAGACUACUUUGCUGGUAUUUGUAAGUUAACAGCAUAUUUUUGGUAUCUUGUCAUCUCAUAUCCUGCACUAUCAACUUAGAAAGAGGAAUAUUUUUUAUUUUUGUUACAUGUGCAUUUCAUGUCAUAUGUGAUGGUCAGAUCAUUUGUCUAAGAAUCCUUUGUUUAAUCAAUACUAUCGUUUUCAGUCGAUCAUCUAUUUUGGAUUAGACCCUUGUAGUGUUUUCAUUCCAUGUGUUUCAUGUCAUAUGUGAUAUCCAAAUCAUUCAGAUGAGAAUUAUUCGUUCAAUCUAAAAUCUUUUGUGGAUUAGACAAAUUUACUUGGAAGUCAUUUUGAUAAUUGUUUGCACUGCAAAUUUGAAUGAAAGAGGUUUCUAGAUUCAUACCAUGUGGUUUUAGCAGACUAAGCUGAUGAUUGUGUGUCACAGUAUGAUUGUGUUUCGUUGCUGAGGCUAUCAACUGCUGGUCCUUCUGAGUCCUAUGUUUUCUUGCAAGACGCAAUGAAAAAAAUGGAAUAUUUGUGAUGGGAGCAUUAGAUCUUGCAGAUUCAGACACCCUCUUCUUUUCAUAAAUGAUCUUUUCUUUAAUAUGUCGGUAAAUUUAAAAAAAAUGAACAGUUAAAUAUAUUUUAUUUAUAAAAUGAAUUACGAAUACCCCCCAAAAUUAUAAUGAUGCAUCUAAAUUUCAUUGACCACAUUAAAGUUUUGAGUUAAACUUGGAGGUAAUUCUUCAUUAGCAUUAAUUACAUGUUUUGCCAUGUGUAUGUUAGUUAUUUCAAUUACAUUACUUUAUAACUUGUAACUCAAAACACCAUCAUCCUGAUCAGAACAGCACACAUGAUACAGUUUGUUUGUAUGUUUGUGAUCAAGCAGUCAGUGAUAUUACGGUUGACUUCUGGAUUUCAACUCUGUAUUCUUUCAGGCAUUUUCAGAAAGGAUUCACAGGUGAAAUGAAAUAAGCAAAACAAUCACUCAAGAAUUUCUGUUUUUAAUAAAAAUAGUUUGAAACGUAUUGAUUAUUUUGAGGAAUUAUUGUUUUCUAAAAAAAAUGUAAUGCAUAUUUUUUGGCCAUAUUUCCUGCAGCACAUCUGUAGAUAGGUCAUCUUUAAUAAACUCCACCCUGAGGUCCUCAUUAAUAAGCUCCACCCUUAGGUCCUCAUUAAUAAGCUCCACCCUGUCACCAGGCAGUGAAUCUCACAACAGCAAACCAUCCUUGCGUGAGUAGCAUGAAUUCCAUAUACAGCUGGCUCAUGGAAAUAGUUGCGUGUGUGCUUCUUUAAUCAUGCAAGGAUCUGCUGGUCUUCAGGAUGAAUCCCCCGGAUAAUGGUUCUUUGACUCGCAGCAUGUUACUGUGCUCAUGGUUUUCUUCAAAGUGGUAAUGACUUACCUCAUUCUGAUAAAAAUGAGAUCUUUUACUUUGAUACGAUACCUCAUCAUGAUCUGACCACACCUCCAAAGGUAAACCCUGAUCAAACUGUCUUAUCUAACUUAAGGAUGCAUGGGUUCUUUAGGCAAUCAGAUGUCAACUUUUUAAACUGAUUUGGUUUCAUUUCAUUUCCAUCUUGAUGCGGAAAGUUUGAUCCUAGGAAAAGAAAAAUGUCAUAGAACACACAUACCCUCUAUAGUAUGUGAGUGAGUGAGGUUUUACGUCGCAAUAUUACGGCAAUAUCAAGGCGGGAACACCAAAAAUGGGCUUCAUACAUUGCACCCAUGUCAGGAAUCGAACCCGGGUCUUUGGCGUGACAAGCGACCGCAUUAACCACUAGGCUACCCGACCGCCCCCCUAUAGGACGUACUUUUGCAUGUAGAUGCUCAGAAAUGACUGGAUGUUGAAACUAUCCACAACAAAAUUAAGGUGAGGCUUUAUGCCAGAAUUCCUUGAUUAUAUUUGUUUUUGAUAUACAGAGAGGAAAUAUGCUUGUCGAGUGCUUCACACAUACAUGCUGGAAAUUUAGAAGCCUUGAUGCUGAUUAGCUGAUUAGACAGUUCACUUGACACAACCUUCAAUGGAGGUGUCCUCAGAUCUUUGAAUGGUGACGUAAUGGAUCUGAUUUUGAUUGGACUUGCAUCAUAUGGGUUUUCCUCACAGUAUGCUGAAAGGGCUUGCAUAAUUAAAAAACUGUAUGUGUUGGUUAACCUAACACAACUGCUGAUGCUGUAGCUAGGCAAAACGGUUGUAAUGAGGGAAGAUGGUUGUGGUGGGCGACCUUCUACCAAGUGUUAAUCUUUGCUUGGCUGCAUUGGUGUAACGUUUCACUCAUCAACAGGGAUCAUCAUGCAUGAUGUUAAAGGAAUGUGUCAGUUGGAUCCAGAGCCUACACUGCUGUCUUGUAAUUUCACCAAGCCAAAUUUAUUCAGCACUCAAUUUAAUAGUUAUUUUUCCUUACUUCAACUAUAUUUUGCUCCACAAAACUUUUUAAUGCCAAAUUUUAUGGAAUGUUUAUCACAAUUUGUAGGCAGGUUUUUAGGCAUGUUUACCAUUCAGACCUGGCUUACCAUCUAGACAUGCUUUACAUUCUAGACCUGGCUUACCCAUCUCCUAUAACUGAUUUACCAGGCCUUCAAGGUGUUCUUGUCCAGGAUUACCAGUUUUCUAUAUGUGGUUUACCUUUUCUAGAUAUGGGUUACCAGUUUUCCAAAUUUGACUUGCCAGCCUUAUAGAUUAGGUCAACCAGUUUUCCAGAUUGGCUUACCAUUUUUCUGGAUUUGCUUACCAGUUUUCUAGGUCCAGCUUACCGGUUUUAAUGAUUUAUUGUACAGAUAGGAAUUUCUUUUUUAUAGUUAUUAUUGCUUUUCAGAUUGGAUCAAAAACGAAAUGAAAAAGCUUGUGUCAUUCCACAUAGAUUAGACUUAAUCUUUAGGGCAGCAUAGAAUGAAAGAUAAGUUGAAUAAUCAUAACAUGCUACAUCAAAGAAUUGACUGAUACAUGUUAUUGACUAUUAACACUAUGUAAUCUUGUUACGUGCAAUAUUGUUCUAUAUGAACAGGCAAGGUGUGGGAUCUGAUAUAUUGUCAUAUGCAAUAUACAAUAAACUACUUAACUGAA